AUGGACUUCCCGGACGACUUCCUGUUGACGGAGCUGAGCCACCUGCAGCUGUACAACGAGACCCUGUACCACAGUAACCUGAGCAACUUCUACAACGAGACGGACACGCUGCUCCCCACCAGCGUCAAGGUGACCAUCGUGGUGGUCUACAUGAUCGUGUGUGUCAUCGGCCUGGUCGGCAACUUCCUGGUCAUGUAUGUCAUCAUCAGCGUGGCGUGCUCCUGGGAGGUCAGGCGGCACCGGAGCGUGGGCGGAGCCUGGAUCUCCUGCUGCCGCCGUCUCUUCUCUCUCCACACGUAG